GCCGAGGUCGGACGUGUCUGCCGACGGACACUCGCGCUCGUCUCGCACCGGGCGAUGCUAAACAACAGGGCGUUACGCGUGUGCUUUUGUUUUCAUAAAGUCCGUCGUGUGUAGUGCUCCGCUCGGACCUAUGCCGUGAUCCCGAGCCCUGCGGCAGGCGGCGCCAUGGGCAACUCUUGUAGCUCAGGCCAGGCCCACAAAGAUAAAGAUAGCAUUUCGCAGCAUUCCGAAGAACCAAACUGCUGCGCUCGCAGGUCCCCGUCCUACCGAGUCACCAAGCCCUCGAUAGACGCGAGCGCUGAGCAACCGGCGCAGGAGCUGCUGGAGCCGGUGCCUUCCUUCAAGGACAAGAAGCCGCAGCUUAAAGGACCACGCCCGCCUGUUGGAUCUAGUGUUUCAGACUCCAUUUCUCUAUCAUCGCCGGUGGCUUGCGCGUCUACUCGCGAGGAUGUGGUGGGUCUACCGAUGCCUGCCAACGUGGCCGAGCUACCGGAAGAGCAUCGCUCCUACUUGCUGGGCAGGAUCACCGGCCAGCGGACUAGGAGGCGGCGCGCGAUGGUCAUCUACGUGUGUGCUGCGGAUUCACAGGACUGCUGCGCGGAAAAGGGGGCUCUGCACUGCGGAGUGGCCGCGCGUCUGCGGGUUCGCGCCAGGAAGCGUGGCUGGCGGGUGCACAUAGCGGACCUGCACUGGCGCUCGCCACUCGAGCAGCAACGUGACCAUCGGUUCCCUGUGCUGUGCGUCUCUGAGCUAGCACGUCAGUCAGAAUUAGGAGCCGUGGUCCCAGUGCUGUUCCUGAACUCGAACCUCGGCACGCCGCUGCUGCCUCACACCCUGGAAUGUGCCGACUUCAAAGCGGCUCUCGAAGCCGCUGAAGACGAGAAUGACAAGACCUUGCUGAAUAAAUGGUACAGUCUAGACAGCAGUACAACCCCGCCCUGCUACCGGCUAGUGCGCGGUGCGCCGGCUCGCUGGAGACGGGAGAUGGCGCGCGCAUUGAGCGUCCUCGUGCGUACCCUGCCGCAGGAAGCUUGCGAUGCCUACCUCACCACUGUGUUAGAACAGGAAGUCCAACAUACGGUCCUGAUGAGCUCGGAGGCGGCUCGUCGCUGCGUGUGGGUGUGUCGAACAGGUGCGGCCACGGACGCCGACGCUGACGCAGACCACCAGCGCGAGCUACAGCGGAGGCUGGCUAAUUUGCAGAAGGAUCUCAAGCUCCACCUUAGUGAACGGAACAUAAUCCGAGCAAGCAUUCGUGGUCGUCCCAACAACGGGUUCAGUGACGACGAGUACACUAGUGGCGUGAAGACUGCGCUGGGCGAACGGCUCGAAGCGCUGUUCGACGCGCUUGUUGGCGAAGCGGAAACGCCCGCUGGAUAUUGUGGGAUUCCCACAAGCCUCUUCGAUGAAGUGAGUGAUCACCUCGCGUUUUGUCAGAAAGUGACCCAAUGCACCUCCAACAGAGAAAUCACGCUAAACGAGCUCAAGACGUAUAUCCGUGGGGAGAGUUCUGUGCCUCUCGCGCUGCUGGGCGGCGCGGGCUGCGGCAAGGCCACGCUGCUAGCGCGCGCGGCGGCGAUCGCGCCUUCAGUGUUGCCAGACGUCGUGCUCAUAUUGAGGUUCGUAGGCCUGACGCCGCAAUCAAGCAGUUCGCACCAGCUUCUUAAGUCCAUCGUGGACCAACUACACGUACUCCACACCGGCACCGUAUUCCGGGGACGUAAUGAGGCUAGCACGUUAUCAUCAGCUCUAGCGCGGCUUCUAGCAGCGCUGGGCAGGGCGCGGCCCGUGCUGCUGUGCAUAGCGGGAGCUGACGCGCUGCGAGGGGCGAGGUGGCUGCCCUCGCGGCUCCCAGAGAACGUCAAGAUGAUUGUCACUGUGACGGAAGAGAAAGACGAACCAUCUAGUUCAGCAAUAAUGGCAGUUCUGUCAUCAGAAGAUGGCCCCAAAGUAGUUCGUGCGCCUCCAGUGGGGCCCGAAGAAGCGAAAGCAGUAUUAGCGGCGUGUGCUGCCACCUAUAGUAAAACUGGCGCAGCCUCGCCGCCCGAGGAAGCUGUGAAGGCAGUCCAAAAGUGCACUUUACCUCUUUAUGCUAAGAUUUUAGCGUGGCAAAUCUCCCUAUCAGCAGAAACGUUCACCGAGCUAUCUGAACCAGAGACUGCACCUGAACUCGUCAUAUGCGAGGAUCUAGAAGGCCAACUGGAACAGAUACUGAUCACCACAGAAGCGGCCCUGGGGAUGGAGAGAGUCAGGGCUUGCUUGUCGUUGCUCACGGCGGCCAGAAGAGGGCUGGAUGAUACGGAGAUACUGGACCUCCUGGCUCAUGAUGAUUUGUUUAGAAGCGAGGAGACCUACUUUCCAUGGGCGCCAGGAGCGCUCCUAUGGCCUCAGUUGGGGGCUCUUCUGGCCCCCUGGCUGCGCUGGGACUCGCGAGGAGCGGCGCGGUGGCGGGACGCGGCGCUCGCGGUCACUGCCACUGACAGAUACGCGUCACAUGUACACGCCGCGAGGCAGACCCUUGUUGAAUACUAUGAGGGUACGUGGUUUGUAGAAAACGAUCCAAAAAUGACCGGGCGAUUAGUUUCACAGGAGAACAAAUUUUCUGAUGAAUGUUACAACACAAGAAAGUUUGACGAGCUACCAUUCCAGCACUACCACCUUCUAAAAGAAGACCCAGAAGCCUUCUCCCUUAAACCAUACUUCACCCAACUGAGUUGGAUCCACGACAAACUCGCCGCGACAGAUUGUGGCCUUUUUCUCGAAGACAUAGCUUUAGUCCACAUAGAUCCAUUACCAGAACACUUAGACAUCCUUAAAGAAGUCUUCGAAGUCCAUUCAUAUGCUUUAGAUUAUGACCAUAGACAAUUCUUUGGGCUUCUAAGAACAACUAUGGAGAAAAGGCAUCGUGACGGAAUUGACAUAGAGAGUGAUAUAGUCCAAGAAUGGAUGAAGGAAGUAUUCGAACCGCCUGUACCAACCUUCUAUCCGACAAAUGAAGAGUUCUGGAAGGUUAUAGAGAUCAGAGAGAAGCGGGAUUUGUCUAUGGUGGAGGAGUUUGAUAGCAAGUCUUAUAAUUUAAUAGUGAGGUUUGAUACACGGGGUAAAUUUGUGGCCACGGUGUCUACGGAGCGGGAGGAGAUUUGUGUUUGGGAUGUUGUGAGGUGCAAGUUAGUUAGGAAAAUUGUGGGGAUAACACAUCCAAUAAACCUAGUUCCGAUCGAUGAGUAUCGAUGUGUGGUGCUGUGCAGGAGAGAGCUGAAGGUGUAUGAUCUAGACCAGGGUAAAUUCGUAGUAGCUCUAAAAGGAGUGAUGAAUCAAAAGAUGCCGUACUACGGCCUCCACGAUCCGAAGCACCUUGUGGCGCUCUCCAGAAACCGGAUGUACGUCAACCUCAUGAAUAUAGAGACUGGUGACUGUGUGACGACAUUCAAAGCUGGUGAAGACAGGUUCCUAAAUUCACUGCUUGUUUCUGGUGACGGAAGAGUAUUAGUCUGUGGUGAUGAGACUCAGAAGCCGUUUCCACUGCUGGUGUGGUCGUUGACCUCAAGGAAGCUACUAUAUGACCUUAGAAUACCUCAUCACGAUUUCAUCACCUCAAAGGCUGCUAUUACUUAUGAAGGUUCCUACGUCUGCGUGGUGUCGCGCGAACUAGACGAGCCUAGUCCUAACUUCAUCGUAGUCUACGACCUGCAGUCGGGCACUUUGUUCAAGAAGUGGAAACCUGGCUGUGACACCGUAGCCCUGGCGAUCAGCUCUGUGGACGGCUGUGUCGUCUCUGGGCUUGCUGACACUAGGAUACUAGUCUGGGACUUAGUUACGGGAAACUGCAGAUUGACUCUGCGAGGUCACGUAGCAGCACCAUCUCUUUUGCGAUUGUCAAAGUCGGGCGGAGUGCUGCUGUCCACAGACCACACGUGCAAGGACCUCUCCGUGAGAUUAUGGGACCUGCACACUGGAAAACUAAUAGCAGUGUACACACCGCCGGAGAGAAUAACAUCCUGCGAGGUUCUUCUCGGCGGUUCAGUGAUAGCCUUAGCCUUGGAGAACUAUAAGGAGAUACUGUGCGUCAAACUGCACGGCCCCUCCGUGGAGUCGGUUAAGAAUGGGAAGGAAUGCGAGUAUGAUGAGACAGGGUACGGCCACGAAGAGAACGACGGGAAGACCUUCGACGUGCGAGGCACAGAGCACACCUGAUAAAGCGCCGCAGCUGUCACUCGCUAGCAAUAAUCUGUGGUUAUGUGUCAUUAUUCAUUAAUUAACAUAGAUAAAUAGUUCAUAUUGGGUUCGUCGCUUUUAAUACAAAACGUUUUGAAAAUUUGAAAUUUUACUUUCUAAAUAACUAUACCCUAUAAUGGCUUUUACUAUAAUUGAGUCAUUACAAACGCGUGAACUGAAUCAUUUCAUAAAUCAUUUUUAUCGGAUCUCUCGCUUGCACUUACAGGCCUUAUGGAACUGGACCUGAUGCUCUGGUGUUGUGUGUAACAUCUGAACGGUAUCCCUUUAUCGAUAACGACUUCUGUAGCAUCUAAUUCCAGAAAGUCUUAAGCGCCGGGCAAAACGCGUCGCUAACGCUUUUCUGCAAUUUUUUAAUAUUGUAAGUCAGCUAAGGAAAGCAAAAUUGUGUAGAUUUAAGCCACGUAUAAGUAGUGCGUAAAUUUUUAUUAGUAAGAAUCUUUAUAGGUUAUAUACCUAUACCUACACAAUACAGCCCUAUACGUCUUUCAGUCUUUUAUAAAUAGAUUAAGAGCAUCGAGUUCUCAAUAUUUCGGCUGACAAAAAAUUAUUAUUAGAAUGUUUUGUAUUAAAAGCGAUGUAAUUUCGAUCGAUACAAACAUAUUUGUAAGGUAACAAUUUAAAUGGUAAUAAUUAUGCAUUGUGUGCUGGUAACACAAUGGUGUUAUGAUUUAAGGGGCGGGCCUCAAAGUUUUGUUAUUGGGGGUGCCACUAGAGAAGUGCUCAAUUUUUUUUUUCAGAGCACGUUUCAUAACUGCCAAAUUUUAUCUGACGAAUUUUCACGUUAUGACAAUUUUUAUAUUGGGAAUCUGUCAAAUUGUCUAACUUAUUCGUAAAAUAAUUUACAUAGUCUAUGUUUUAAAAAUUUAUUUGAAUGUUUAACAGGCACAAAUUACUUACGAAAAUCAACAAAUUAAAUGGAAACCAAUUAUUGCAAAACAAAUAAUAUGGUAAUAUAACUGGGUUUUGGAGGUUAAUACCGUGAUAUUGGUGUACAAAACCCUUUCUCCGGCCAUGCCGUUGUCGUGGUUUGCUUGUCCUAAAAACUGAGGAUACAAUUACAGAUGUAAUGACAGUUUUUGUACUGGACCACGUCAAACUGUCAAAUUUAUUCGCUAGAUAAAGUAAAUAAAGUUUAUCUGGCGAGAGCUGGCGAGUUGAGAUUUUUUAUUUUACUGAUUUAAAUCUUACUUAAUUUUAAAAAAUCUGUACCAAAGCACAAACUAGUGGCGCUCUUUGUUAAGUUUUAAACGUAAUGUAAAAAUUAUUGCAUCAAGUUAUUUAUUCAAUACGCUUAUUUUUAUUUUAUUUUUGUUAAUCAAAACACAAAGACAUUAUAAAGAUUUCUUGAACAAUAAUUUAUGGUAUAAUUUGGCGACUCUUACUUGUCACUAAAUUACUAAAACUUAUCGAUGUGAUUACUUAUACCUAGAUAACUACUUUAUAUAGGUUGGGUACCUACUACCUAAGUUAUUAUAGAUCAGUAGGUAUCAGUAGGUAUUACAAAGGAUUUUUGUGGUAUGUAGGUAAGUAAUUUCGAAUUUCAAUGGAAUUUUCUUUCAUGAGGAAUUUAAAUCAAAGGCUCAAUAAUACAUAGUACACACCCAAGCACAGCAUUUUGAAAUGCGUAUUCUGAGUUCUAAGCUUUGAUAUUGUGAUCGCGCGGCAAUUCGAGAUAUCGUGUUACGUGCACGGGACUACCUACCCUUUUUUAAAUUUAGUCAUGCGUGAGAGUCGCCUAUUUUUCAUUGCUCAAUUAUUAUUUAUUUAUUUUAUUCUUUUUGAGGCCUAGAGGGUACAAAGCUAACUAAGUAAGUAUUGAUCACUGUUUGACACCUGUGUCAGUUUGUAGCAUAUUUCUUUUAUAGGAAAGA